AUCAAGACGUCAAAAAAAAACCAAAAACCUAGGGCAGUAAAAAAAUAAUCACUCUUCCUCCUCAUCCUCUUAGAUUAUAUUGGUGUUUUAAUUUGAUGCUGCUGAUAGUUGGAUUUGUUUUUGUUCUGUUUGGUUUCCAACUAUAAUGGAGAAAGAUGCUUGAGCUGAUCGGCCAUAUCAGUUUGUAUUAUUUCUACCUGUGUUCAUUAGUGGGAGCGAUCGAUGAUGCAGAGAAAAUCUCUCAUUUUGUUUUCUUGUGAUAGCUCCCCAUUUCCCAUACUACUCUUUUUGAUCAUUCUCAACAUUCCAGCAUAACCAAUAUGCAUGGCACAUGUAGAGGCAUCAUCAGAUUCUUUCGCCAAAAGAUUGCCUCGCCGCAGAAACUCAAACCAUUCUGAUCAAUCAACGGCAUUGGCAAAGAGAAGAGGAGAGCCGACCUAUGAGCAACAACAGUUGGGCAGAUCGGAAGGGAUCAAACAGUCAAUCAAUAGGAGGAGGAAAUUAGGAAUCAAAUCAUAUUCAUAUAUUGCUAAGGAGAUCGACACACGAUGAACAAAGCGAGAUGGUUGGUCAUGGCCUUCCUGGUUUGUUUGCUGCUCCUCACACCCACAGACUUGGAGGGUUUGCAGCUCGUUGGCGCCAUCAGGAACCACCUAUUCUUGCCCGCAUCUUCACCGCUGCAUCAUCUGCCUGAUCUAUUGGAAGAACAACCGGUGAAUCAGUUGUGGCUGGAUCGUAGGAGAAACAAUGUUGAAGAAGUUAGAAGAAGAAAGAGUGAGAGGAGUGAAGUGAAGAUGGGCGGUCAACGACCGUUGGUCGCCGUUAUGAAGAAGGAAAAACAUGGGGCGGCGAAAAAGAACAGCAAGGAGUCCUCUGGCAGCAGCAGUAUGGUGAUCGUUGGCUUGGCAGUGGCCUCCGCAGCAUUGGUUGCACUCAUUGGCAUCUGCUGUUGCGCCUGUCGUGAUUCAGCAUCUUCGUCAUCGCCGUAUGAUCUACGCGACGAUAAGCCGCUGUUGAGCCUGAAUCUGGGCGACAUGUCAUCCGGUUCCUCUCGCAAGUCGUCGGCCACCCCGAUCGACGUCAGCAGGCUGGGAGCGUUGACGUCGGAGUGCCAGCAGCAGAUGGACAGAGGCAAGCCCGGAACCAUGUCGAUGAAGGUGUCAAUGCAGUCGCAGGCGAUGCGGAUGAGCUCGCACGAAAUUACCACCAUCGCCGGAGCUGGACGCGGAAAUAAACUGUCAGCUUCUUCAGCAGCAGCAGCAGCAGAUCAUGCACCUCCGCCACCGCCACCGCCACCAGCUCCUACGGCUCCGGCUCCUCCAGCUCCUCCCCCUCCUUCUUCCUCUCAUCAUCGUCCACCACCAGCAGCACCUCAUCCUCCUGUGCCUGUGCCUGCGCCUGCGCCUGCGCCUUCUCCUGCUCCUCCUCCUCCUGCAGCAGCAGCUGGGCCACCGCCUCCACCUCCUCCUGCUGCUCCUGCAGCUCCCAGGGCUCCCGGUCCUCCACCGCCCCCAGCAACAGGCAGAGUAGGAGCUGGACCCCCACCGCCGGCGCUGCCUGGUGGUCCCAGAGCACGUGGUCCGCCGCCAUUCAAGAAGUCGGCGGGGACAGCAGCACCCGCCGCAAGCGUGGACGCAUCCAAGGCAAAGCUUAAGCCCUUCUUCUGGGACAAAGUCACUGCCAACCCAAACCAAACCAUGGUCUGGGAUCAGAUCAAAGCAGGAUCCUUUCAGUUUAACGAGGAGAUGAUCGAGAGCUUGUUUGGGUGUCAGUCGACGGAGAAGAAGAGCAGCGACGGCAAGAAAGAGCUGGCGGCCAAGGAAGCGACGCAGUUCGUUAGGAUCCUGGACCCGAAGAAGGCCCAGAAUCUGGCAAUAUCACUCAAGGCACUCAGCGUUUCAGCUGAACAAGUGCGCGCUGCAGUGUUGGAAGGUCAUGAUCUCCCGCCGGAUUUGAUCCAAACGCUGGUGCGGUGGAGCCCGACGAGCGAUGAGGAGCUGCGUCUCCGGCUCUACACCGGGGAGCGCUCGCAGCUGGGUCCCGCCGAGCAGUUCAUGCGCGCCAUCAUCGACGUCCCCUACCUCUAUCAGCGCCUGGACACGCUCCUCUUCAUGGCCUCGCUGCCCGAGGAGGCCGCCGCUGUCGAGCAGUCCUUCGCCACCCUUGAGGUGGCUUGCCAGGAGCUCCGUGGCAGCCGCCUCUUCAAGAAGCUGCUGGAGGCCGUGCUCAAGACCGGCAACCGCAUGAACGACGGCACCUUCCGCGGUGGCGCCCAGGCCUUCAAGCUCGACACCCUCCUCAAGCUUGCCGACGUCAAGGGCGUUGAUGGCAAGAUCACGCUGCUCCACUUCGUCGUCCAGGAGAUCAUCCGCUCGGAGGGUGUCCGCGCCGCUAGGGCAGCUAGCGGCGGGGGCAGCAGCAGCGUCGGCUCCAUCUCCUCCGCGGAGGACCUCAUCGUCCUGCAGACCCAGAGCAGCAUAGGCAGCGAUUCAUCGUCAUCGGAUCAGCAGGAGUACGAUGAGACGGAGCGGUACAAGCAGCUUGGCCUUGGCGUGGUGUCCAGCCUUGGCGAUGACCUGCAGAACGUGCGCAAGGCAGCGUGCCUUGAUGCUGACGCACUCACCAUCUCAGUGGCUAGCCUCGGCCACCGGCUGGUGAAGGCCAACGAUUUUUUGAGCACGGGAAUGAGGAGCCUGGAGGAGGACAGUGGCUUCCACCGCCGGUUGGCCAGCUUCGUGGAGCAGUCGCAGGCGCAGGUCACCCACCUGUUGGAGGAGGAGAAGAAGCUGCGCUUGCUCGUUCGCUCCACCGUCGACUACUUCCACGGCAGCACCGGCAAGGACGAGGGCCUGCGCCUCUUCGUCGUCGUGCGUGACUUCCUCGCCAUUCUUGACAAGGUGUGCAGGGAGGUCAAGGAACAAGCGGCUGCCAAGGCCAGCAAGAAGCCAACGCCGGCGCCAAGGAGCAGGCAGUCAUCGCAGUCGUCGCUCUCCAGCUCCUUCCGCGACCCGCGGCAGCAGCUCCAAGAUCGAAGGGCAGCGGCACAGAGCCGGCACAGUAGCAGCUCCAGCUCCUCCGAUUCCGAUUGACUAGUUAGCUAGCUAGCUAUAGCAGGUAUACAUUAGAUGUUGGGGGUGGACCGCCUAAAUAUAAAUUUCUUAUAUCGCAUGACUUAUUUUUGGGGCAAAAAUCACACAAAUUCUUACCUUUAGAUUUCCUCCAAGAUUCGUUCGUCAU